AUGUUUCGGAUCGACUUGGUAACCAGUCACGUUGUUUCUCGCGAAGACAGUACGAAUUCACCCCCAGACCGCCUCGUAGUACGAUUACUCGUAGUACGGAGUCUCGCUGCUCUUGGUCUGGCUGCUCCCCUUUGGCCUUCCUGGCAACGUUGCACCUUGUGGAACGAAGUUCCAGUCAGUGUAGCCCGCGGGAUCAUUGCAGCACUCAAGCCUGACCACCACGUCAAGUUUGCAGCUCAGCACAACAAGCUGCCGUGUACAUCCUAUGAAGCUCCGGAGAGUCUCGAACCCUCGAAAUCCUGGCUUGAACAUGUUUGA